AUGGACGACAAUGGGGAACUGGUCCCGACGGUUGCGGGAUACAAAUACCUAGGUGUCGACCAAUAUGGCUCCCGAUCUGUGACUGAACUUAGGGGCAAACUGGACAAAGCUAUUCAGAAAUGGACAGACUUUACCCGCCCCAAUGACGGCAAUGAUGAUACAACACAUCAAGGGGAACCCGGGGCAGAUGCGCUUAUUAAAGCUAACAUAACCCCUACCAACUUCCUGGCAACAAUCCGGGAUUGCAUUACCAGCAAACCGGCGUACUGGCUCCCAACUGGGGUGAUCUCCCUGGGACAAGCAAGGAAGUGGGACAUUGCGAGAGACAAACUGCUCAAACAGAAAAUCUUCCGCAGUCCCAAGGUAAAAUUUCUGCCCAAGUCACUCAUCGCCCUCCCAGCCAAACUAGGUGGCCUGGGAUUGCCAUACACAGACUUCCGAGCACGUUUCGCCCCCACAAUGUUCCUGUGCAAACUGAUUCUCAGCAAUGAGAAACAGUUCAGCGCAGUGCUGGACUGGUCUAUCAAUGGCUAUGAAGCCAAAGUUAAACCAGAAAUUAACAGCAGCAACACAUUUGGAUGGGCACUGAAACGAUGCCAAAGGAAUAACCGAGUCUUUGUAGACGGAGCCUGUGGACACUUACGUGCAGAGAACAGGUACCUCUCAAACAUCGCGGUUGAGAGUAACAAACUCGGCAUAGUAAUAAAAAAGGAUGACCAGAGUAACUGGAAAAUAGAGAUGGAUGGAAAACAUAUACGGACAUACAACAGGCUAAAAUCGCUUGUGCGAAAGAAAUACAGUGAACAACUCAUUGAAAAGCUGAAAGCGCAGAAGAGCUCGGGAUUAUGGUACAAUGCUAUCCCAUCCUCCCUUCUAAAGUCCAAAAACUCUGUCAAUCUGGUCCACCUCAACUUGCCGAUGCCCAUGUUCAGGUUUGCACUCAAAGCAAGGUUGGAGGCCUUGCCUACGAAUGCAUUCCUUUACUACCGAGCAAAGACACAUGGGCAUGCAUACUGUGACCUCUGUUACAAGGAGCGGGGAGUGUAUCAAGACGAAUGGAUGAUACAUGCCCUCAGAGGUUGCCCGUCAUGGCAAGGCCUCCGGACAAGGGCACACCACGACAUUGUAAAGUUCAUCAAGAACUUUACAGAAAAGUGGAUGAACCCAGGCUGGAGGGUCCUCACAGACACAAUGCCAGACAGUGCCAAGGCACACUGGGCAAGCCGAUGUGAGUCUGGCGCUCGUCUGGCAAACGAGGGCACGAAGCCAGACCUCAUGUACAUUAAUGACGCUGAGAAAAAGGUAAUCAUUGCCGAAAUAACUGUGUGCUCUGAACGCCGAUAUCUUGACCGUAAGGCCAAGAAGGAGGAAAAGUACGCAUGGUUGGCAAGAUUUCUUGAAACAGAGUCAUAUAAUGUUACUAUGAUAGCAUGGCCCAUCGGCCACCUCGGUGGUGUCAACAAAGGCGACGGCAAGGAGCUCCUCAACCGGUUAGGCAUCAAAGAUGCAAAGCGACUAACCGGGGAUCUGCAACGGAGCAUCCAGAAGAAGGCCAUCGCCGCCUCGUACCAAAUCUGGGUGAGCCGGUGCAGAUCAGUCGAAACCAUACAAGCAAAUGAAAGGGCAGAAAUGCUUGAGUAA